AUGAAUUGGAUAGAUUGUUUUAGUGAAGAGAGGGAGAUGGAUAAAAAGUACGUUUGUUUUGUAGCCCAGCGAAAGCAAGCUGUUGAAGAUAUUUGUCCUUUUAUCUCCAUUUUGUUUAUAACUUCAACAGUUGGAGUUGCUUUAGAGGGUGUUUUGUCUACUCCCUUAAUAUAUCCAACAAUUAACGACGUCAGAGAAUCUGAUAAACUAACCUCAUGGAUCGAAAACACAGAAGCCAAAACUGUAGUCUGGUAUUACCUUUUGCUAUGCCCAGAACAAGAUAUGUGUCUGGGAGAAAAAUUUAGACGGAGCUACAAUUUCAUCCUAGAUCCGUCUUGUAUGCCAUGUGAUUGUGAGGAUUCCUGUGUGAGAAAAGGCACUUGUUGUCCUUCUAAAUUCUACAGACAAGCAACCACUCCAGACUUCAUAGAAUACAUGCCAAAUGUAGAGGAAAAACAAAAGGGUCAGUCUUUGUCUUGCAUCGAAGCGUUAUGGAAUAAAAAGAGCGGAAUCAGUCCUGGUAAAGCAUUCUGGAUGAUAGACACAUGUCUAAGUGGUGCUACUUGUCUCUCAUUUGAAUUACGAAAUAUGUCCGAUGCUACGCCAGUGACGUCAUUGUCAAGCAAUGAAACAUAUCCAAAUAUUCAGUGCGCAUUAUGCAAUAAUGAGUCUAUUUUUGAUAUGGCUCCUUGGUGGAUGAGGAAAAUUUGCCUUAAUCGAUCAGCACUUUUUUCAAAUGACAAAUUUGAAAUUCUUUACCAAUUUGUGUUUUCAGGCGACUCUCCAGUCUGCAACAUUGCUUUCCAUCCCCCCAUAUCAGUCCGAGAGAUAAUUAAUCCCUGUAUAUCCUACACAGCUCAGGUUAAUCUUACUUGCAACAAUAUGCUCAAUCUAACGGAAGAAACAAAAGCUCUACUCAUUGACUCUUGCCAGAAAUACCACUUACCCUACACGACUUCAAAUAUGGUUUAUAGAAACAUAUAUUGUGCCCUGUGUGAUAGAGAGGUUUCUGACCUUACAAUUCAGAAUGAGUACAGUGGAUAUGGUUCCAUGACGUACAUGCCUCAAACUUUUUCGGCUCUCAUGGAUUCCAAACAAAAUAAAAAUGAAAUCCCCACAAAGAACCACAAUUGCGGAUCAAAUCAAGUAUUUGACAAUAAGAUGUCCAAAUGCCUGGACAUUGAAUGUGAAACAGAGUACAUCUACAACAACUCAACCUGCAAACUUCGCUAUCCAAUUCUUGGGAAAAACAACUAUGAGUUAAAUUUAAUGAUCACUUCAAUAGAGGAUUCCAAUAUCAUUAACUGGGAAUAUCAUUUAUCGGAUGUUGAAGCGGCUCUAGCAAACAUCAUAUCCAGACGUUAUUUGUCUGAUAAUCUCUGUCGGAUUUCAAUUUUGUCUUCGUUUAAAACAGAUUUCUUGGCAGUUGUUCUUGAACUGUCAGUUGACCGUUUUCAAAAUGUGGACUUAAUGAUACAGAAGCUGAUGAAUGCCUUUUCUAUACAGAAUAUGGCAAUAUCUCUAGCAUCUUUGAAGCGCGAAGUUAACGUCACUCUUUCUGUCGUUGGGCAAAGAUUUCAUAUGCACGGCAAUUCUUUAUUUGGUACAAAUAUUCGUAACCGUUUCUACGUAAACCCAAUGAGUCUAGAUAAAAUGCUUUUAUAUAAUGGUUCAGCAGAACUAAACUAUUAUGAGUAUGACCCCAAGCGACCUUUAUGUUUCCAAAAUGACAUAGUGGUUGUUGUAGCGGACUGGUAUCGCUGUCCUAAAGUAAAAGUGAAUACAAGAGACGCCAAAAUAGAUAUGUCGAAUUUCUCUGUAUGUCUUGUAGACUAUCAAGCUUGCUUCUCAUCAAAUCAGUUCAAAGAGGCUCAAGAUAAGCGCAGUGUAGAAAUAUGUCUCGACCAGUAUCUUAAAGUUAUCAGCCAGGAAAACAAUCAAAGGGGAUUUGCAGAAGACCGCAUAAUGAAAUAUUUUACUCUUACCGUCUGUUACACUCUGAGGUAUCCCCUCUUAUCCACAACUCCUAUUAUACAUAACACAGUGGUUAGAUCGCCUGCUCAAGUGUCGCGGAGUAAGGUGUUGUUCUUUCCGUCGUGGGUUCAAAUCCCACUGUCGGAGGUAGAGACAGGUCCUUCAGAUGAGACCGAGAUCCCGUAUCUAG